AUGUACCAGGGCAUAAUGACAACCAACCACGGACCCCCUUCCUAUGAGGCUGGAUUUCUCCACAAUGCCUCUGCGGGUACGUCUCCGGUUUACGUGCCCACCACCCGGGUGGUCACCCCCAUGAUCCCGGCGCUGCCUUACCUCCAGACCCCCGGGGCGUCUCAGCAGAGCAGCCCGGCGUCGAGCCACUCUGCCUGGGCGCAGCCGGGCGCAGAGUCGGUGCCCUCUUACAACCACUCCCCGGUGUCUCCGCGCUUCACCUUCUCCACCAGCCCGCCUCUGUCCUCCGGGAUGGCCUCGGCCGACACGGCGGCCUCUUACUCUAGCCCGUUAAACAUCUCCGCCAACGGGAGGGAUCACUACGGCGCCCGGGGCCUCAGCGGCUCCUAUCACAGCCCCUAUCCGACCUACAUGAGCCCUAACGUGGCGGGAACGUGGCCGACGUCUCCCUUCGAUAGUCCAGUCCUGCACGGUCUCCAAACCGGGGCUCCUCCUGGCACGGCACGGCACCCAAACAUAGACCUGUUUGAUGACUUUGCUGAGGGGCGGGAGUGUGUGAACUGUGGGGCGAUGUCCACCCCCCUGUGGAGGCGGGAUGGGACCGGUCAUUACCUGUGUAACGCCUGUGGACUGUACCACAAGAUGAACGGCAUCAACAGACCCCUUAUCAAACCCCAAAGACGACUGUCUGCCUCGAGGAGGGUGGGCCUGUCAUGCACCAACUGUCACACCACCACCACCACACUGUGGCGACGAAACGCAGAGGGAGAACCGGUCUGUAACGCCUGCGGCCUCUACAUGAAACUCCACGGGGUCCCACGACCUCUGGCCAUGAAGAAAGAAGGCAUCCAGACCCGUAAACGCAAACCCAAGAACCUCAACAAGUCCCAAACUGGGACUCCAGGCGGCGAGGGGACCCCGGUCACACCGAGCAGCACUCCACGAGUCCCCAGCUCCACGGAGGAACCACGGCAGAUAAAGACAGAGCCGGAGACCCACAGCUUGUACACACACCACAGCACACACACACAGAUUUCAGCUCUGCCAGCCUACAUGACAGCUCAAGGAGGGGCCAUUCCUCUGAAGAUGUCCCCUGGGGGUCACGGUGGGUCUUCUGGCUCUAAAGCCGAGUCCUGGAAUAGUCUAAUCCUGGCUUAGAGGACGUGGAACCCAGCAUCUCCAAACCCUGAGUCUCCUGACAGACCCAGACUGCUGUUCUGAGUACAGUAGGCCUCUUCAGCCUCCGUAGA